AUGGGCGCAACGCUAGCGCCAGCAAAAGGCUCUUUUGCCCAGCAGAUGGCGUCGCUGGACCCGUCCCUCUUGAGGACUUUGCGGCAGUCUGAAGAUCAGACUUGGGUUGGCUGUCCUGCUGAGUUGCUGUACCUCGUUUCCAUCAUCAACUCUUUGCGAUCACUCUCAACCUGUUCAGGAGCGGACCAGCUGAAGGCCGCAGAGUUGUGUAAAAGUCUCGAGAACUUCUCGCCUUCAGCUUGGGCGGAGAACUUCCCAGAUCCUGAGCACCACCAAUCGCGCUCGCACCUUGCGCAUGCUUACAAGGUCGCGGUUGAAGUGUAUGCCUCUAACAUAGUCGGCCCCCUGCUUGAUCAAGGGCAGCAUCUCUAUAAUCUGCAUCUUGAUGUGGCAACUCGAUCCGCCAUACUCCACAUGCUCUCAAUCACAGCCCAGGACUUCCAUGUGAAGAGCCUAGUAUGGCCGGCUUUUGUCAUUGGAGCAGAGAUUCAAGCGGCCGAUCUUAAGAUCAUGGUUCGGGAAAUCUUUAGGAAUAUUUGGAUAUCAUCGUGUUGCUACAAUGUCAGAAACGCCAUUGAGAUGCUGGAAAGGAUCUGGGCCCGAGAUGAUGCCGAGAGGAUGACAAAGUCCUGGCUCAUCUAUCUCUGGGAACUGGAAGAUAGCUGGCUAUUCCUAUAA